AGUAUAGCGGUUGGUUGCUUCUGUGACUGCUGCUGCCCACACUCAGAACGAUCCCUCUUGGCUCUACGUUGUCUUGACUUUUACGUUUUGGUUUUCCCGCGCCUAGCCGUCGCGACAGUUUACGCUUUUCAUUGAAUCAAGCAUCUCUAGCUAAACAAUUUUUUUUUUCUCGGAGUACUAUUCCAUCGCAGUAGUCUUUGAUCUACUGCGCAAAAUACGGCCAUACUGAUUUUUUUUCUUUGCACUGCUGCCGCUAUUACUUACUUGAUUGCUUACUGACCGAGGACGACCAGUUCCGUAUGAGAUUCACGAAACUUGGAGUACCAAUUUUUCUCUACAUUACGUAAGCACCUGUAACUGGAGAUUUCGGAACGAUAUAGUUUGCGACGCGCUCGAGUUCUUUAAAGAACGAAAAAAAAAAUCGUAGUCCCUACGUACGUCGAGAACGAAACAAAAACAAUCGUUGUCCCUGCGUACGUCGAGAACGAUAUAUACGUGCAUGAGUAUACGAGUGAGGCCGACGGACACGUGCUCGCGGUCAAGGAUUUGCUAGAGGACAGGUGCAAGUAGAGCUGCUGCUGCUGCUGUUGCUGCUGCUGCUGUUGAUAUUGCUGUAAAUUACAUCGAAUGCUUUGUAAGCAACCUCAUCGCCGUCCUUUUCGCCGUCGACAUUACGGCCUCGGACAUAAUGAAUAGAUAGCUUUAAUCAAUCAAAAAUCGAAGAUGCGGAAAAAAAUAAGAUUUAACAACUAGAUGUAUUUUAAUAGACGAUAACCAUGCUCCAAAGGAUGCACCUUUUCAUUUUUUCUCUUGUACUAAAUAUCGUCUAUGCGGUGGAUAACUUAUCAUCAUUUCGACCUAGAGGACUUUAUACAAAUGAGGAGCUUUUCGACUCACACGAGAUCGUCUACCCACGAAAGGUGACCGCACAUGGGGAGUUAAUAUCAUAUAAUGUUACUCAUCACCAUCAAAAACAAAAUGAUGAUCAUGCAGUACAUUACCGACUGGCGAUCGAAGGUCAAGAGUAUCAUCUUGAGCUACUUCCGGUUAGCGACUUUAUCAGUCAAAAUAUGGUUGUUGAAAGGCGGAAACGAGCAGUACAUCACCGUGUACCUCAGAAACAUCAUUGUCACUAUCGAGGUGUUAUUCGAGAUCAGCCUGAUUCCCGUGUUGUCUUGUCUGCCUGCAAUGGUUUGACGGGCUUCUUGCACGGCGAUCACGGUGAGAGUUGGUUGGAGCCGGUAAGUCGCGAGCACGAGGGCCACUAUCGUUCGCCGGAGGCGGUGGUGCAUCACCGGGCUCACCUGCUGUUCCGCAAAGCACGCGGCAGUGAACAGGCGCCACGUCAGCGCCGACCGCGCCGUAAAAAAAAGAAGAAACACGAGAGAAACUGCGGCACCCGCGAACCUCGACGGCUUAUGGAAACACUACUUGAAUGGCAAACGCAACCAGGACUAGUGCAGGUGCAGGGGCGCGGUAGGCGACGUCAGCGAGCCAAACGUUCGGUCAGUCGACCACGUCACGUGGAGGCACUAGUAGUCGCGGACACGACUAUGAUGGCUUUCCAUCAGGAUGGUGAUGUUGAAACGUACUUACUGACCAUCAUGAACAUGGUGUCGGCCCUUUACCUUGACCCAACCAUUGGCAAUUUCAUCAAUGUCGUCGUUGUUAGGAUUAUUCUGAUGGAAGAGGACGAGGCCGAGCAGGGACUUAACAUAACAAUAAAUGCGGACAAAACAUUGUACAACUUCUGCAAGUGGCAGCAGAAAUUGAAUCCCCCUGACGAUUCUCAUCCGAACCAUCACGACGUCGCUAUUUUGGUCACAAGAGAAGACAUUUGCUCCAGGGCAAAUACCCCUUGCAGCACUCUUGGUGUGGCUCACGUUGCAGGUAUGUGUCAGCCCGAUCGUAGCUGUAGCGUCAAUGAAGACAAUGGAAUUACUCUCGCUCAUACUAUUACCCAUGAGCUUGGUCACAAUUUUGGUAUGUAUCACGACACUGAAAAAAUUGGAUGUAGUAAGAGAGACGGCGACAAACUACAUGUCAUGACUCCUACAUUCGAGGCCGAUACCGUUGGCGUUGCUUGGUCGAGAUGUUCAAGAAGGGACAUCACGAAUUUCUUAGAUCAGGGAAAAGGAGAAUGCCUUGAAGAUGAACCAGCUGACAAUGACUAUGCUUAUCCGGAUUUGCCACCAGGAGCUAUGUACAAUGCUGAACAUCAGUGCAGACUUCAGUUUGCUGUUAGGGAAGCAUCAGUUUGUUCGCCAUUGGAAGAAAUUUGUUCAAAAUUAUGGUGCGUAGUUGAUGGAGUUUGUACCACAAUGUUACAUCCUGCCGCUCCUGGUACUCAUUGCGGAAAACAUAUGUGGUGUCAGAAUCAAGAAUGCGUGCCAAUAGUUGAUCGUCCCCAGCAGAUCGAUGGUGGCUGGGGAGAAUGGGGUGCCUGGAGUGGGUGUUCACGCAGUUGCGGUGCGGGCGUCUCAAUCGUAGAGCGUAAAUGCGAUCAUCCUGAACCAGCUAACGGCGGCAAGUUCUGUAUUGGCAAGAGACGCCGUUACAAGAUUUGCAAUACAGAAGCCUGCCCUGAAGGGCAGCCUAGUUUUCGAAGUGUACAGUGCACGAAUUACAACGGUGUCGAAUACAAGGGCAAGAACUAUACUUGGUUGCCAUAUUUUGAUCAAACUGAACCUUGCGAGCUUUACUGCACAGACACGGAAGAGAGCGUGAUCGUACCAUGGGGCGAGGCAGCGCUCGAUGGAACACCUUGCAAUGUCGGCACGAGAGACAUGUGCAUCGCUGGUAUAUGCAGGAAAGUUGGAUGUGACUGGGCAGUUGACUCAGACGCGACGGAAGAUCGAUGUGGAAUAUGUCAUGGCGAUGGCACGCAAUGCGUUACCAUACGUGGUUUAUAUGAUAAAAACGAAGGUCCUGGAUACAGAGAAGUGGUAGUGAUUCCUGAAGGUUCCCGGAAUAUUAAAAUUGAAGAGAUUGGUAAUAGUAAAAAUUAUAUUGGCAUCGGUCGACCUGGUUUGGACGAGUAUUUCUUGAAUGGGAAACGGCAGAUUACCUUGGCCGGAGAGUACCAAGUUGCUGGUACACCAGCUUUAUAUGAACGGGAUCGAGAUAAAGAGAAAGUGAGGAUACCAGGACCCAUUAAGGAAGACAUCGUUGUAUAUUUGAUAUACCGAGGACACUAUCGUAACUUUGGACUUCGAUACGAGUACACUGUGCCAAAAAAAGACGAAGGUCGUGCACCCGAGUACUCGUGGGUGUUUUCCGACUGGUCCCUUUGUACGGUAACAUGUGGCGGCGGCAUGCAGACAUCACACGCGGUUUGCCAUGAGAGUAAGAGUGGCACUGUUGAAGAUAAAUUCUGUAAUAGCACUAAAAGACCUGAACUAAUGACCCGCGAGUGCAACGUCAAACCAUGUCCUGCGAGAUGGUGGUUUGGUCCAUGGCAAAUGUGUCCAGUAAUAUGUGGUGAGGGGGCGCUACGAAAGCGCUCGGUAAUGUGCGUAUCAGCAAGUCGUGGUGAAGAUCAGCCAGAACUUGCACUACCCGAUCAUGAUUGUGAUGAAAAUGCGAGACCGGAAGAAGUUGAGCCUUGCCCAGAGUUGCCUUUGUGCGAGACAGUAAGCACCGAGGCACCCAUCAUUAUGAUUGCCACUGACGAAAAAAAUACUGCAUUUUACAAUGUUAGCGAGGCUACUGAUUCGACGACUCUUGACAGUACCGAGAUUCUUGAGUUUGAUAAUGUUGUUGACGUUGACGGCCCCAUCGAUAACUCUGAUUACAACGCCAAGCCCAAAUGGCAAGUGUCCAAAUGGAGUCAAUGCAUCAGUGGCAAGAGAACGAGAAAAGUGUCUUGCUCGAUUGUCAAUGAGUCCGGCAUGUGCGGUAUCGAAACUAAACCCUCUGAUAUGGAGGAAUGUAAGUCUGGCAAGUGGGUGACUGGUAAAUGGGGCGUUUGUAAUGCGACUUGUAGUACAAAGUCGGGUCAAAAGCUACGUGACGUCACUUGUCAAGACAGGCAGACUAGCUCACCCUCUAUGGAUUGUAAUCCUGAAAGAAAACCACUGGAAGUUAGACGCUGCCAUCACAAGAAACAGUGUCCAGACGAAAAAAUUGGAUGCAAAGAUAGUAUUAAUCCAUCAUGGAUGUGCUCAGCUUACCGUCGAAUGUGCGAUGCAUCAUCAAUUGUUCGCGAGAAAUGCUGUGCAACUUGUUUCAAAAGACGAAAACACGUUCGACAUAAUCGUAGACAGGGUAAUAAUGAUUAAAUUAAAGAAAUUUUUGUUAACAGUGUUUACACCAUUUAUAGUUGGAGAUAAAUUAAAAUAAUUUUUUUAUUCCAUGUCAUUGGUAAUUAAUGAAUAUGAUAGAAUUAUAAACCAUUUCUACAUUACCAUUUUUAUUUAUUUCAGAUUUAGUAAACGAAAACUGAAAAUAACAAUUUUAAGAAAAUUCAAUAUUUUCAUAUUACAGAACAUUUCAAUGAAUAUUACUCCAGUCAUUCUUAUUUUGUGUGCUUAUUUGUGAUUUUAAUUUAUUAAAAGCAAUAAGCGUUCUUAUCAAUCUGUCAAUUUUAUAAAAUCUAAAUAACUUUUUCUUAAUAUAUAAAUUUGCAAAUAAUAAUAGAAAGCAAUAAGAAAAUUUUAACGGUAUUUGCGGCCGGGAUAUCAAUUUUACACGAUUUAAUUCUACAUACAUUUAAAACUUUUGUUUAUUUAACAUAAUCCUGUUCUAUUAAAUACAAAAAAUAAAAUAAUAGAAAAACAUGAUAUACCUGAUAUUGUACCUUUCUACGGAAAAAUUAACAAAUGAUUUAUUGGAAUGAAAUAUGCUACAUGAUGUGAUGUAAAUUCAAUGAUUUUUCUAUAAUAGGCAGAAUUUCAAACGUUUAAUUCUUUCAAAUAUUCAUCUAUUCCAGUAGACAUUUUAGGUAGAAUACUUUUAGAUAAUUGUUUUCCAAUCGAAUUUGCUGUGAAAAGUUUUCAUGUUUAACAGUAUCUUCUGUUCUAAUAAAUAUUAUUUUAUUCAUUCUGUUCAAUCAUAUGAAAAUUAUAUCAAAUAAAAAUAAUUAAAAAAUACGUAUUGAAUCAAAUCGUGUAGAAACGAUAUCUGUGCGAAACGAACUCAGCCGUAUUGGCAAAGGUUUGCACUUUAAUUACUUUUAUAGUACGUUUACAGUAUUUCAAUGUAUAGUAUUACAACUUAAUAAUAAAUGUUCUACUCUCUUAUAUUUUGGUCAUUGUAAGAUAAUUAAUUAGGGAAAAAAAACAUUAUGCGCGAUUUUAUAAUGUAAUAAUAAUUGAGAUACAAUACUUUAUGCUUACGAAAUGACCGUUAGAUUUUUAUUGUUCAUUAAUAAAAUUGUAAAUGAAAGCAAAUACGUAAAAAACAAUUAAAACUUGUAAAAAAAUUUCUCUUCU